AUGCUGUGCCAAAUGUUUUCCGGACUAAUCGCACAGCACUGCAGUCGUCAGGUUUCCGUGUAUGAAAUGAUGCUUCAACGACGCAUCUUCAAGAUAGUCGAGACCUCUAACACACUUGAGUGUCUUAAGGCCUGUAACGACGAGAAAAGAUGUCAAAGCUUCAACUACGUCGUUUCCAAGAACAUCUGUGAGAUGAAUAACCGCACUAAGGAAGCCAGACCUGAAGACUUCGUCCCUGACUCUGAUCGGUAUUAUUACGGAAGAGUUAGAAACAGAGGUUUGUUAUUAGCAGGAGAAAGAGAGAAAGUAAAACAUUUCGAGGGAGAGAUGCUGACCUUUCUGCUAUAGCUGAAAGCAAGCGUUGGACAAUAUUUUUUAUCGUUAUUUGUACCUUCGAACAGAAAGUAAGCAACGGAAAUGUUUUAUUCAUUAUCAUUAUCUAGUUAUUUAAAAAUUUCUUACACAUUUAUUUAUUUAUUUAUCUGUUUCUCUAUUUGUUUGUAUUUUCUUAUCAAAAUCCUUUACUUUUUUCUUCGUUUAAGUUUUGUGAAUCAUCCGCAACUGUCAGUUUCUUCUUUCAGAAAAGUUACUGUAAACAUAUUCUUGUCAUUGUUCAGUUCCACUGGGAUCCAUUCCCGAGCUUCCUGCUGAAUCGUGUAAAGAAAUUAAGGCCAGUGAAGGAGAACAAGCGGUCAGCGGCAACUACUGGUUUAAAUCAAAUCUACUUAAAUAUGCCGUUUUGGUUCACUGCGAUAAUAUCUGUGAAAACGGAAGGUAAAGCAUAAAAUUGCAAAGUGAAAUCUAAAUCAAUCAUUAUUCAUUAUUUAAUUCACUGAUAAAUGCAAUCAUUUAUUUUCCUCACUCACUCGUUCAAUUUCUCCCUGAAUGAAUGCAGGGAAUUUUCAGUUUCGUUCCUUUCUUUAAAAUUAUUAUAAUAAUAAUGAGAUGGUUAUGGAAUUUAGCAGUGGACAUUCCACAAGGUAGCCCCUCUUUGAAAAGUUGGUUUUUGUGGAGGGAGGAAAACCAGAGGACCCGGAGAAAGAUUUGCAUAGCUGGGACGAAAACCAACAACAAACUCAACCCACACGUGACACCAGAUCUGGGAAACAAACCUGGGCCACGACGUUGGGAGUCGAGCACUCUCACCACUGCGCCAUCCCGGCUCCUCCAGAAAGAAAUAGAAUUUUGAACUAAUUGUUUACGUCACAACUGUUAUUAAAUUUGUGCUACAGAUAUUAACGAGUGCAUUCAUGGAAUCCAUGACUGUCUCGACGAAUCGGCAAACUGUUUUAAUAGGGUUGGAUCGUACAACUGUGUUUGUAAAGAUGGUUACCAGGGCGACGGAAAAACCAUUUGCACGCCAGAGGGUAAGUAGUUUGGCAGCACGAAAGUUAUAAAUUGUGACGAUGAAGAGCUUUAGUUUUGCUUUAUAGUUUUUUUUCUUUUAUAUAGCUAUUUAG